AAAAUACUGAAAUAAAUCUCUAAUCCUUCAUAAUUAUUAUUUUGAUAUGUCUCGUGUCUGCCUUCGGGGUACUGCUAGUUACGUAUGUCUAGUCAUGUCGACAUACACUCGGAUAUGUUCCCCUAACACAAUAACUUUGUUCUACAAACGAGAGCCGGGGAGACGUCCCUUUGAUCUCUAACAUUUGCUUGUCUAUUUAUAGCGCCCAAUUCCUAAUACUUCCUCCCACAUCUUUUUACGCUCGAUUUAUUUCUUUAUCCCAAUGUGCCGAUGGUUAAUAAAACGACAUAUUUUCUGGAUUUUAUCUCACUUGGGUAGC